AUGUCAGCACCACGGCGCCCCUGCACCAUUGUAGAACUGCAGCAGCUCGAGGAGGAGGCGUGGGCCUCACCGGCUCAGCGGGCACUGUACUCCACGCGCCACAUCCCUGGGUUCCCGUGGCACACGGUGCAGGAGGUGUCGUCGCCUGACAAGCCUGCAGCUGCCAACGCAACCGCCCUCUUCACCGGCGCUAGACGUCAUGUCAUUCCGUAUGACUUUCUCUUCACUGUAUUCGUCAAGGGACGAUGGGUCGGCCGACGGCUUCUCGAGGUCUACACAAAGGAGCUGCCGCAUCACACCCCUGCCUACUACGAAGCCUGCCUGCGGAAGGGCCGCCUGUACUGUGUGCAGCGCGGCACUCUCAGCCGUCACAACACACAGCGCCGGUUACUGAAGCGGUCGGCUGCCAUGCCUGUGUCGGUGGGCAGAGCCAGAAGUUUCAGCGACAAUGCCCUAGACCAGGCCUCGUCGUCGUACACUGCCCCUACCACGACCGAGAUGUCCGAUUCAGACCUCCGUCAACGCUUCCACGACGACUGCCGAGCCGCAUCGGCUGCUUAUCCGCCCUCUCAAGGCGAGAAUGUGGUGCUGCAGCACGGCGAUAUCGUGUAUCACACGGUGCACCGCCAUGAAGUGCCUGUGACGCUAGGAGUGACUGGCACCGAUGCCGUGCUGAUCACAGCUGUUUGCAUUGCGCAUUACGGUCUCAUCUGUGUCAACAAGCCAACCGGGUUACCGACACACGCGACGGGGAGAUACUACUACAACUCUCUGACCGCACUGCUCGAGUACGUGUUGGCGCCAAAGCGGCUGGCGGCGUGGCUGCUGCUCGAAGACCCUCUCCUGCAGUCCCUCGUCUCCACCGAGCUCCUCUCGCGCGGGGAGAAGUCGGAGCUGUACGCGUACUAUGCGCCUUCUCCAGUUCCCGUAAGAUCGACUGGAUCAGUCCACCAGCCCUGCGAGCACCAAGUUAACAGCGAGAGAAACACAGAGCACCGUUUAGCGUCUUCGCACUGUGACUGUGCAACGGCAACCGACGCGACCGCCUCCAGAGGUGCAGACCUGGACGAGAUCGACCCCGAGAAAGUGCCUCGACCGUGCCACCGACUGGACAAGGUCACUUCCGGCGUGCUACUGCUGGCCGUGCGCCAAGACGCGGCGAAGCGAAUCGGAUUAGUACUGAUGCGCAAGGCAAAAGAGGUGGAGAAGGCAGUGGCAGCGGAGCUUCUGGGUCACGGAACCGAGCCGCCUGUCUCGCGGGAAUGCCUCUGUCAGACGGCGGUCACCCCAGUCGCUGAGCGCAUGGCUAGCCACAAUGGAUGUGAUGGCGAUACCGGUCUACCGGCCCUGGGCGCGUCCUCCUCCACACCCCCCUCCCUACCAACAUCUCUGCAGCGCAUUCUCGCCGGCACAUAUGAUCUGCAGAAGUACUACCUGGCGCGUGUGCGUGUUGAGUCGACUGGAGUGUUGCCGGCAAGCGGUAAAACAUCGGAAACCGAGACGCAGCGGCAGCACAAGCUCGACCCACCACCCUUAACAUCACCACAUGUACCCUUACUACCUCCUUCGCCCCUGAAUCUUUGGCGUGUAUCAGGUGGAGAGCCAUGCUUGAGAACGCACAAUGCCUACUUGUCGCGCAUGCUAAGCUCCACAAAUGGUGUCUGCGAUAUCGCGUCUGCGUGUGCUUGCAAGCCGAUGAAAUACACCUCAGCUCUGCCGGGUGUGUUCCCCGAUGGCGUGCUGACGACGGUGCCGACUCCUGCACCUGAGACCCUUACGCCUUCCGCUGCUGCCGCGGCAACGCUCUUUCAGUGCCUCUCCGCCUUGCCCACCGUCACUACUGCCGCUCAUCAGCACAGUCCACCACAAACUGGAACGAGCGUGGCGAGCGCUACGGAGGAGGCGCUGGUGCUAUGCACCCCUUACACGGGCCGCCUGCACCAGAUUCGUAUGCAUCUGAGCUCACUCGACUGCCCCAUCGUCGGCGACGUUGUUUACGCGCGCACAACUGGCAGCGCAGACGUGCCAGACAAGUCUUCAACCCAAGCACAACCACAGCCACUAAGGGGAAAGCCGAGGGACGCGGAGGACGUCACCUGCGACUCCGACACAUCGUCUACUAAAGCCACGGCAGCGCGCUACCCGGACACCAGUGUUGAUUGCGCGGCACAACUCUCAAGUGAUGACCGCAACUUUGUCUUCUUCGAUGCCGCACAGCUGCCAGCUGCCUAUCGUCGCUUUGCAAAAGCGAUGAAGACGGCAGUCAGCGGGGUGGACGCUGCUUCCUGUUCUCACCAGACUUCUCCAUCGAGUAGGAAAGAGGAGCAGGCCGUGACAGUGGACGCCGACGGCGGGCUACGGGCGAAGAGCGGUGUAAAACGCAGUCGUGCUGAGUCCAGCACAGGCGGCGGAAGGGAAGCUGAGAUGACGGAGGACAUGGCCAACCUUGAGAGCCAAGACGCCCGGGUCGCCAACACUACUCGUGCUGGCGUAGUUAUUGGUGCGGAAGCGGUGGAGGAGGAGCAAAGUAGCGCCGCCAUCACUUCGUGGCAGGAUGAGCCGCUCUGCUACGAGUGCGCUGGACGUCUGCCAGUGGUGGCCGCAGGGGAGUGCGCGACGGGCACGUCGGCCAUCUGUCUGCAUGCGUGGGUGUAUCAGAUUAGGGAGGCCCUGCUUCUCGGCACCGACGACACCGCACCGUCGAAGGCAAGCUCGUCAUCUGCAUCGCACUUUCUGGCCUUCUCGGAGGAUGGGGAGAGGGGUGCACAGAUGAACAAGCACACGCCACAGUGCUCGCCAUCUCGCGGUCGUGUGGUAGUGGAGAACGAUUUUGUUUGCUUUGAAGCCCCGCCGCCGGCGUGGUUGCAGUGGUAG